AUGACAAAAAUCUUGAGAAAGGUAUUAUCCUUAGACAAAGUUGUCGAGUCUGGGACGGAUUCAUUUAUUGAUGACAUCGUUGUCAAUAAUAACAUAGUGUCAAAUUGUAGAGUUCAAGAACUCUUGAAAAAAUAUGGCUCGGAUUCUAAGCUGUCAGAAAAACUUGUCGGUGGGCGUGUGCUUGGAUUGCGAGUGUACAAACAAAACAACCAAGUGAUUUGGAAACGUGAAAAUAUACUUAAAGUUCCUGAAGGAAAAAUGACGUGUCGGCAAAUUUUUUUUGGGUGCGGACAGCUGACUGGACAUUUUCCAAUAGCAAACUGGUUGCGCCUUUCGUGCAGCUAUCUAAAAAGGGAAGAUCCCGUUCAUGGGUCAUGGAACGUAAAAAACACUUCUGAAGCAACAGUGUGGUGCGAUGCAAGCAGUUUAGCUGUUGGCAUAGUUCUGGCUGGGGAAAUAGUAGAAGACUGCUCGUGGCUGAGAAAACAAUAUGAUGCGGCUCGCAUUAAUCUCGCAGAGUUAGAAGCUGUGACAAAAGGAAUCAAUUUAGUAACAAAAUGGGGAUUCGAAUGUAUUACCAUGAAGUGUGACUCGGCUACUGUUGUUGGCUGGUUGAAAUCCAUAUUUAUCGGUGACAAACCCAUUCGAAUACACGGUCUUGGAGAACCACUUGCCCGUCGCCGGUUGUCGUUAAUUGAAGACGUGAAGGAGUGCAGUAUACAAUUAAAACUUUUUCUGGUUAAGUCAGCAGAAAAUAAAGCCGAUGCUCUUACGAGGGUACCACCGAAUUAG